AUGGAUAAUCAGAAUAUUUUAAUAAUAGAUGAUGUUACAUAUAAAAUAUAAUAAUUUAUUGGUGAAGGAUCAGAAGGAAUAGUUUAAAAGGGAGAAAAUAUUUAAAACAAAGAAAUUGUAAGUAUUAAACAAUACAAAAAAUUUAAUUAAAAUGAAUACAAUGCAAUUUAAACAAUUAAAAAAGGAAAUUGCAGCCAUAUAAUUGAAAUAAAAGCUAUACAAUAAAAAUUUAAUUAACCUCUAAUAAUCAUAAUGGAGUAUGCUCAUGGAGAUUUCAAUAAAUUUAUAGAAACAGAUGAUUAUAAAUGCUUAGAUUACGAUUAAAAAAAUAAAUAUUUUCUUUAAGUAAUUUUAAAACAUGAUUUUUUUUAGAUGGUCCAAGGAGUUAGUUAACUUCAUGAAUUGGGAUUUUUUCACAGAGAUUUAAAACCAGAAAAUUUUGUAUAUAUUAAUAAACCAAACAAUGAAAAAAUUGUUAAAUUGAUUGAUUUUGGUUUAGUUAAAGAAACCUCAAAUAAGUUGAUGUCAACUAGUUGUAUUGGAUCAACAUGUUAUAUUGCACCAGAGGUAUUAGCAAAUACCAAUACUUUUUAUGACAAAUCAGUUGAUAUUUGGUCUUUGGGAGUCAUUUGGUAUGAAAUGUUAACACAAGAAACAUUUUUUUAAGGUAACAUUAAUUUAUAAUUUUAGGUAAUGAUUAAAAGAAAGUUUAUAAAAAUAUUUUAUCAAUCACUUAAGAAGAGAUUGAAUCCGUAAUUUAAAAUAAUAAAAAGAUAAAACAAGAAGAAAAAGAUUUGAUUUCAAAGAUGCUCAAAAAAAAAUCAAUUCAAAGAAUUCAAUUAAAAGAUAUAUUGACAGCUUAUAACCAAAGAAUUUAAAAUCACUAAUCAUUUUAAUUAAAUAAUAAAUUUAUGCAAAAUUAAUUCUCAUAAAAACCAUUCUUAUUUUCUACUGUAAAACCAUAACCUUUAAAUAAGAUGUAAUUUAUUGAUUAACCAAUAUAACCUUAAUAAUUUUUAAAAUAAUAAAAUUAGUUUUUAUAAUAAUCAAAAUUUUAGAAUUAAAAAGAAGAAUAAGAAACAAUUAAAUAAUAAUAGGAGUUAUUAAAACUGAAAUAAAAAUAAGAAAAGGAAGAAUAAGAAAAAAGAUAAAAAUAAGAAAAGGAGGAAUAAGAGAGAAACAGAUAAUAAUAGUUAUUAGAACUAAAAUAAAAAUAAGAAAAGGAAGAAUAAGAAAAAAAAAGAUAAGAGGAAACAUAAAAGAUUUAAUUAGAGUUAAAAAAGAAUAUGGAAGAAGAAUAUAGAAUAAAAAUUUAAUAAUUUGAAUAUAAGAAAUUACUAGAAAUGUAAUAAAUGAAAAGAUAAAUUGAAAACUAGAAAGCAAAAGAACUUGAUGAUGAAUUAAAAAAGAUUUACUAAUAAUAGAAAUUAGAAUUUGAAGAUUAAAUAAAAUAAAAAUAAUAAGAAUUAAUUGCACAACAAUAAAAGGCUCAAUAAUAAGAAUAAGAUACAAAAUAGUUAGCUGAAAUGUAAAUCUAGUAAUCAAUAUAGUUUUACAAUCAACUGAAUUAAUUUAAAAAAUAGAUAGAAUAAAAUUAAUAAUAAUAUAUUGAAUAAUAUAAAUAAAGGGAGCAAUAGUAAAGAGAGUAAGAAAUUAAAAUAUAAUUAGAAACUUUUGAAGAAGACCUUAAAAAAUAAUUAGAAAUAGAAAUUUAAAAUAAGUAUUUGCUAGAAUAUUCAAAAAAAGUAGAUUAAUUGGAACAAAACUAAGUUUAAGUAAAUUUAAAAUAAUUAGAAGAAAAAAAAUAAUCAUUGUUAAUUCUAUUUUAAUCGUAAUACAAUGCUAUUUCAAUUUUUAUAUCAAAUCUAAACUAAAAAUUAUAGAUAAUAAAAAAUAUUGAAACUUAAGAUUAAAUGAAAACUGAGUUGAUUACUAUCAUAAAUAAUUAAAUCUAAAAAUAAAAUUAAACACUCAAAGAAAAUGAAGAUAGAAAAUAGAAUAUAUAAAAUGCUUUUUAAUAAGAGUAACUUAGAGGAUAGGAUAAUUAUAUAACUUAGGAAAUUUAAUAAAAUAUAUAAGAAUAAAAUAAGUUUAUUAAUUAGAUUGAAGAUAAAUAAAUGUUACUUUUAAAGUAAGUAAAUGAUAGAUAAAAGAUUGAAUAUUAAAAAAUGAAACAUGAAAAAGAAAUGGACCAAUUAAAUAAUGAAAAACAAAAAUUUGAAAAAUAAUUUACUAAUUUAAAAUAACAAUUUACUCCAUUUUCAGACAAUAUUCAAAAAUUUUAAUAAAAAAUAAAGUUUUAUGACGAAAUUUAAUAAUAAAAAUAUGGAUAAGAGAAAUUGAUGGAAGUUAUAAAGCAUUACUAAAAACUGAUUUCAGAUUUUUUAAUUCUGGAAGAAUAAGAGAAAAUGAUGCAUUCACUUGAGCGAUCUUGCUAAAUUUUCAAUUAUUAAUCCUUUAAUAGCAAGAUUGAGGAACUUUAAUUAGCUUAAAAAAGACUUAAAAUAUCUAUUGAUGAAUCAAAUACAUCUCUUGAAUAAAUUGAUAGUAAAUUUGUUGAUGAACAUCAUAGAUAAAUAUAGGAAUUAGCUGAUAAUUUAAAAGAUUUAUAGGAUAAAUUUAAAUAUCUAUAUAAGAAUUAAAAAUAUAAAUAAAAAAUAGAUUAAAUUAUUAUUCAAAUAGGAGAUUGUUUUGGCAAAUUAAAUUCUAUGGAAUUACUUUUAACUUAAGAACUAUUUGAAAAUUAUCAAUAAUUCAAUUAAAUAUAAGAUUCAAUCAAUCAAAAUUUAAAAGAAUUUGAAAAAUAAUAUGAUUAAUUGCAUGAAUAAAUUCAUCACGAUUAAUAAAUUGAAUUAAUAAAUGCUGAAAGAAUAUAAAAAUUAAAAAAUAUAGAUGCAUAAUUAAGUGAAUUUUUAAAUAAAAUGAAUCAAUUAAAAAUUAAGAUAAAUGAUUUUAUUAAUUAUCAAUAUUGCAAUAAUGAACAAACUAAGAACUUAGUACUGGGUAAAUAAAGAAAGAUAGAUUAAAAUAUGAAUUAAAUUUAAGAAUAAUUCAAACUAUUUAAAGAAUUUAAUUAAUUUAAUUCCUAUCAAACUAUUAAUGAUUAAAUAAUCUAUUUAGAAUAAUUUGAAGAAAAUUUAAAUAAUUUACUAAUUAAUGAAGAAGAAUAACUUAUCCAAUUAAAGUUAAUAGUUUAAAGAAUAGGAGUUGAAAACAAAAAUGAAUAAGAAAAAGAAAUUUUAAUAUUGAAGAAUUAAUUUUAAUAAAAAUAAAUGCAAUUUUCAAAAGAAAUUUAAUUAAUCAAAAUUGAAGCAGAUAAGAUUCAAUAUAUAAAAUAAAUAAAUCUAAAUAGAGAAAAUUUGUAAAAGGAACUUGAUGACGAAAUUUAAAUAUUAGAGAAAUAUUAGGAAUUUAAUUAAGAUAAUUAAAAGCUAUUUAAAGAAAAAUUAAAUUAAUUUUAAAAUAAAUAAGGGUAAAUGCCAUUAUAAUAAAAGAUUGUGGAUUUACUGGGAAAAUAAAAAUAAUAUAAUUCUUAAAAAGCCUAAAAAUUAGAGGAAAUAUUGAGAAAUGUAUACAGUAUAAAAGGCUAAUUGUAAUUUGAAAAUCUUGAUAAUAAACUUAUUGAUACAUAUGAAUAAUUCAAAAUAUUUGAAGAACAAUUAUAAGUUAAAAUAAAUGAAUUAGAAUAAAAUUAACAGAAUAAUCCAACAUCGUUUUAACAAAUAAUAAGUGAAAUUAAAAAUUUAAUUUUGCAAAUAAAUUAAAGGUUGGAAAAAAUUCCCAAGCCCGAUGAAAUUUAAAUAUUCAAAAAAGUAUUUUUAAUUAAUUCAUAAUCUUAUGAAAAAUUAUAUUCUUUAGUUAACUAUAUAAGGUAGUAUCAUUUAACAAGAUAUUAUGAAAGAUUUAAAAAUGACGCAGAAAAAUAAAAUAAGAAAAAAAAAAACUAACAGGAAAAUAAUUAUAUUUAGGUCUUUUAAAUUAAACAAAAUGAACAAAUGGAAGAAAAUACUUAGAAGGAGAAGGCAGCUUAAGAUUUGCUAAAGACAUUCGAAAAUAUUCUACUUCAUAAUUACCAGAAACUGAUGAUUCAUGAAAUUAAAAGGGAUUAUGAGUAAAUUAAAAAACAAAUAGAAUUUUAAGAAAAUUUAAUUAAAUAAAAAAAUUUAGUAAGACUAAGAGCUUUUAUAAAAGACAAGUAAAUUAUAAAAGAGAUUAUUAUCGAGAAAUAAUAUUUUAAAAUAAUAGAGUUUUCAUAGAUGUUAAUUUUUGAAAUUAUUUCAAAUUAUUCUAAAGAAUAAUAUUGA